UAUAUAUGUCUACAUUUAACCUUCCCCAUUUGACAAUAUUACUUUCUAAUCUAACUAAGCCUAUAUUUCAAAAUAUUAAUUUCAGAUAUUUUACAAUAUGUUGGUGGCGUUAGGAAUAGUACUUUUACAGUUAGUUAGAGUAGCAUCACAGCUUGAGGAGUCAAUCACAACCCUCCGGACUGGGUCGAUCAGAGGGACGCUGAACCAUCUAGGUGUUUUAAAGUCUUUACCACAACUUCAAAAUCGAGAUCUACAGUUUAGACGAUAUCUUGGAAUCCCAUAUGCUGAUCCCCCUAUCGGGGAUUUGAGAUUUCGACCCCCACGAACUCUGAGCACAACAUGGAAUGAGACACGCAAUGCAACGGAGUAUGGCAACGUCUGCAUUCAGAAUCCUGAAUUGUACAAGAGUCUCGGACUCGGAAGUUCUAUUGAUAACAUGUCAGAGGACUGUUUGACCUUGAAUGUAUGGGCACCGGGAAAUGGAUCCAACACUCAACUAAAAGCUGUCAUGGUUUGGAUAUUUGGAGGGGC